UGGCGGGUUCUUACAAUCGAAAAUCGCACAGAUCUCACCGCCAUGACGGCUCCGCCUUCGUCCCCCGCUCCCCAAUCCACCGCGGAUACCGUCCCCUCUCCGCAACCCUCCUCCUCCACCUCAAAACCCUUCCUCACUUCCCCCACCCCAUCUUCUUCUGCCAUCCGCUCUCCCAUGUUCUCCGCUCAGCCUCUUCUUGGCAAGCCUAUCAAUUCUUCCGCUCCGCCGCCUCCUUCACACGGCAUUCUUUAUCCCGUCGGAGCUUCCGUUCACCGGGGAUUCCCGGUGAGAUCCUCCGGUGGUGUUCGCGCCGUCGAUCAGUUGGUCACUGUGGCCAAUCCUGCAUCGUACCUUCGAAGCAGCAGCCCCAUGGCGGUUAUGAACUUUGCCGCCGCAAUGGCCGCCGCGUCACAACCUAGGCCCUAUUUAUAUGGCGGUGUUGAGCACACCGCCGCCGCAGCAGCUGCAUCUCAUGGUAUGAGGCCGCCACCGCCGCAGGGGCAGCAGCAAGCUCAUCCUUUUGUGGUCCCACGUCCUGGAGUUUCCCGAGGGGCUUCCGUUCCCGCUUAUCCCAAGGUGACGUCACUUCCUGCCAUGCCUCCAGCACCUGAGCACAGUGAUACCAAGGAGAGGGACAAAAGCAUAGAUGAUGCUUUUGUGAUGAUUCAUGGCCGAAAGGUUAGGGUUGUAGAUGAUGGAUCAUGCUCCUUAUAUUCUCUUUGUCGAUCUUGGAUACAGAGUGGCUUGACUCCAGAAACUCAUCCCAAUGUUGGUGAAGGCGUAAAGCUACUUCCAAAGCCUCUUCCUCCAUCUAUUGUCGAAGAAACGUUGAACAAGAAGGUAGAUGAUAAGGGAGAUGAAGAUUUUCAGGAAGAUGAGCAUGGAGAUUCUGUUGACCAGCUAUCCACCCAAGAGCUUUUAGGAGGUCAUAUAAGGCGAGCUAAAAGAGUUCGGGCAAGGUUCCGAAGUGAACGUCUCCUAAGAAUCGAACGUUACAAACAAAGACUCUCCCUCCUCCUUCCUGCACCAAAUGAUGUCGGUCAAACUAAUACUACUACAGGGAACUCAUAACUGACUCAUCUCAAUGCUUUCAGCUGCACCACUAACCACAAUUUCCUUGGUGCUAAUACUGUCAAUGAUACAAUUACUGCAGGAAGCUGCUUUUGUAAUUAUUUCUUCUCUCCCUCUGUUUGUUAGUUUUAAGCUUCGUUUGGGAUAGCUUUGUUAAUGUUUUUUAAAUUAGUUUUUUAGUACAAAAUUUUUUUGAACUAUAAAUUUUUGUACUUGUUGUAGAAAGC